CCAGACAGGAAGUUGCCAACCAGGAAGUAGAAUGAGAUUGCUCAAUGCUGCUCAGUAGUAGCAGGUAGUGUAUGAGAUGAAGGGCAGCCAGCUUUAUAGGCAUCUGUCCCUCCAGGGCAAUAGGCUCCACUUGCACCUUUUCCAGGGAAAAAAGCUCCAGCUGCACCCUUCCCAGGGACACAAGGGGACAGCGCACAGGACUUGGAAGAAAGGGUUUGCCACCUCGGCAGCGCUUCCCGCCGGGUACGAUGUGAGACAAGUGGAGAUUACGCCGCUGGAGCAGAGGAAGCUGACGUUUGAUACCCAUGCCUUAGUGAGGGAGCUGGAGACCCACGGCUUUGAUAAAGUUCAAGCAGAGACAAUUGUAUCGGCCUUGGCGACACUGACAAAUGCCAGCAUAGACACCGUGUACCGGGAUAUGGUGACGAGGGCCCAGCAGGAAAUAACAGUGCAGCAGAUAAUGGCACACUUGGACUCCAUCCGCAAAGACAUGGUGAUCCUGGAGAAGAGCGAGUUUGCCACGCUGAGAGCGGAGAAUGAGAAAAUGAAAAUUGAAUUAGAACAUGUGAGACAGCAUCUUUUGAAUGAGACCAACAGGAUCAGCGCUGAUGCCAAACUGGAUAUGAAUCUUGAGAGAAGCCGCCUGACUGACUUGUUUACAGAACAAGAAAAGAAACUGAUGGAAGCCAGCACUGAAUUUCAUAAAAAAAACGCAACAACAGACAGCGUCAUUACAGAAAUCAACAAAAAGAUAGAUAUAGACAUCGCCUCACUAAAGACCCUGAUGGAAUCCCACAAACUGGACACUGUGCGCUAUAUGGCAGCGUCCGUAUUUACCUGCCUAGCGAUAGCCCUGGGCUUCUAUCGGCUGUGGAAAUAGCACGCGGGGAGCCCUUCACCCUGUAUAUAGUAUAAAGGAACAUUGCCACUAAGCCUUCGGCCAGUGAAUAGAGACUGCAAGUAUAUACACAUUGCUGGCCAAAUGGCCUUUGUUUUACACAUGAAACUUGCCGCUUUGUUUUAUUGUAUGACUGAUCUGCAGCCAGGGGUUGUUUCUAAACUACAAUUUCAAACAUCUGCCAACAGCUGAGGAUGCUGGGAGUUGUAGUCCAAUGAAUAAAAAGCUACAGAUUCUCAAUUUUUACCUUCAGUACAGUAGAACAAUAUCAGAAUAGCCAACUAUGUCCUAAUGACUUCUAAGGUGAACUUCCCCUUUACAUAUGGUGAAUGUUACUCAUCACUGACUGCCAGCUCUUGAUAAAGGGCCACUCUGCCUUUAAAUUGUAACAAGUUCUAUAUCUAUUUAUCUACUGGAGAUAAUAAGAGAAGUGAAUGUACAAUAAUAUUUUGUUGCCCCUAUUUUUUAUAAAGAAGUGAUUGACUCAAUUUGAUGUUUCAGGCUUUCAUAAGCUUCCAUUGUUCACUGGCUGCCCAAGCAUAGCCUUCUUGUAGCAUUAUAAUCCCAUUACAGCUAGCCGGAAGGGCCCAAGGAGGAAAAAGGGGGCAUUUAGAAAGUGCAGGCACAAACCGCCAUGUUUAUUUGCAUCCUGCCCUUUUCUGAAUUGCCCAGAGACCUGUCAGUGCCCCAUGGGGAGGGGCAGGGAUUGCUGGUGGGUGCAGGCCAUAAAGGGGCCAUCAAAUGAAGGAUCUAAAUGCAAUGCCCCAUAAAACUAAACAUAAAUGCUUACCUGUACAACUCCCAGCAUCCCUGGCAGGGCUGAAUGACACUGGUUGGACUGUACUACUCCAUAGCACCCAGUACUGCUUUAUGUUAUGCCAUUUUGUGCCUUAAAGACUUACUGCACUGUAUGUUGCUGCAUUAUUUGCUGCUAAUAAAGUUAUUUAAUGUAAUCCUAAAA